AUGGCCGACGAUUUUGGUGCUCAUGAUCCAUUGACUUCAACUCUUCCUCAAGGAAAUCCAAAUCCUACCGUCACUCAUCGGAAUCCUGAGAAGAAUUCUCCCAGUAGACAAAGUACAAUGAGGUCUAAGAGUGGAUUUGAGGCUCAUGCCAGCGGAGCGACGACACCAAGUAGUUUCAAAAGGCACAGUAGACAUGAUUUAACCGUUGAUGAUUAUUUCGUCGGACCAAGAAAUCUCGAUGCUCACUCCAAACUUCCCUAUUUUAUGCGACUCCAUGGUUCUGUUAUACCUCGAAUGAUAGUACCUCUUUUUUGGAUUGCAUGCUGGUCUACAUUAAUUACAUGUAUUUCAACAUUUUCCGGUACAAAAUUGGCUGUCAAUACUUUACUUUUGACCGUCCUGGGUUUCGUUAUUUCUUUGGCUUUGAGUUUUAAGAGUUCUACUGCUUAUGAACGUUAUUCCGAUGGUCGUAAAGCAUGGGCUGCCCUUUCAGUUCAAUCCCGCAACCUAAGUCGAUUCAUCUGGGUCAAUAUACAUGAACGUGAAGGUGACAUGGGCAAAGAAGAUCUUCUCGCAAAAAUAACCGGUAUCAAUCUCGUUUUGACCUUCGCCGUCGCUCUCAAGCAUAAACUUCGUUUCGAACCAUACGCUCAUUAUGCCGAUAUUUCUGCUUUAACUCAUCAUCUCAAUACGUAUGCACAAUCCGCUACUACCCCGGAUGUACUUAUCGAGAAAAAGCGAACACCAUGGAAACGUGCUGGAGAAUAUCUCGGUCUAAGUUUCGCGACAAGUAACCCUAGAAAAGCAAUCAAGCGCUCCAGCAAGCCAGUCGGAAACCUUCCAAAUGAAAUCCUCACCUACCUAGAUGCCUACAUUGACGGAACCAUUCGCAACGGAACUCUUGAUUCUCCAGUAGUCCUCGGUCAAAUUCUCGGUUGCAUGAAUGCCCUCACCGAUUGUUCCGCCUCCGCCGAACGUGUUCUUCAAACUCCUCUUCCUGUCGGAUACAACAUUUUGAUUUCUCAAAUCGUUUACCUUUACGUUUAUCUCCUCCCCUUUCAACUCUUCGAAGCAUUAAGAUGGGUUACGAUCCCUGGUACAAUUGCCGCUGCAUAUAUCAUUGUCGGACUCAUGGCCAUCGGAAACGAACUCGAAAAUCCCUUUGGAAACGACGUUAACGAUCUCCCAUUAGACCACUACUGCGCAGAAUUAGCCCGCGAUUUCGAUAUUCUCACCUCCGUCAAAGCUCCAACAUGGGAGGAAAUUGUCUAUGGAAGAAAAGAGAUGACAAAUGAUGAUACGGAAGAAGAAUUGAUGAGGGAAAAUAAAGUUCUUUGGCCACUCAGUAAUUCAGGAGUAAGAAUGUGGAGAAAUAGAGAUGAGAAGGAGAUUAGAGAUGCCUUGGCUGCAAAGGUAGUGGUAGCGGAUAGGAAAAGUAGAGAUGUGUUUACGAGUGCUGGAGAAGGAAGAGCUAGUACUGCUAGAGCGAGGAGCGGAAAGAGUGAUUCAAGUGCUGAGACCGGUGAAAGCGCUGCGUAG